GAUUUUCUGCAAGGAAUCCUUUUCCGAUGAAUCGAUAUCAAGGCCUUUCUUAAAACCGCAGUUCAAAGAGCAUAAUUAAAUUUGCAAAAUGGCAACCGUUGCAAUAAACAUACUUGAUUCUAGCUUGUAUAUUGUAUGGUGACAGAAAAGCGGUUGCUAAAAUAGUGUAAAUAACCAAUAAGCUUAACAAGCCUUGCCUAGAAGUUGCGCGUAACUGAAAUUCAGCUCCAAAUUCAAAUGGCUUUCCUUGUCAGCACAGAUAAGGAGAUUAAAGAACUUAAGACCAUACAUAUGAAUAAUAGAUGUUCGAAAUGAAGCAAACUAAACCUCGCUAGUAUCAAAGCAUGUUUUAUGUAAAAUGCCAUGAAUCAUUGAUGAAUGGUUACUUUAAAAAGGUUGCAAGCAGAAAACAAUUAGAAACUAGACAAUAAGCAAAGUCUACAAUGGAGUCAUUAACGAGAGAGCACUAUCAAGAAAAGCAAAUGGUUCAAGACACCGCCGAUACAAGACUCUCCGAAAUUGUACAUUUUGGGACUAAGCAGUGCUGGACAACAGAGCAUUUGACAAUACGUGGCAAAAGCUGUCACGAAAACGACAGCAAUCACCCAAUGAACCAUGCCAAAGAUGAGCCCAAAAAUGGUGUCCUUCGAACAUCUAGAUCAAGUCCUAUUGGCAUGAUGGGUCAAAGAAGCCCUUUGGAAGUUGCAAGUUUAUCGGCGAGCACUAAGAAGAAGUGCCAGUCUUUACAGAAUGAAAUAAAAUCUAGCAAAAGACGAUCAAAGUCGGAUUCUUUGGUAAAAAGGUGCAGCGACAUACUCAAUGUUAAAAGGUUUCCACUCGGAAAAGAAGCAACUUUUUCAAAAGAACAUACAUCUACAUUGGAAAAUAUUCAAACAAAAGAUGAAAAGCAAAGCUCUGCAAAACAGUUUGGUUCCAUAACCUCAAUUGCUGAUAUGUCGAAAGUGAUAACGAAGUAUGAUGAGGCAGAAAGGAGGUACAUUGGAACAACAAUAGAACUUGUCAAGAAAGACAGCAGGAUGGCGAAUAGUGGUAUAUCAGUGUGGAACCAGAUGCCAAAGCAUCGUCUUGGGUAUCCAGAUAAAAAAAGAAAAAUAAAUGGACUCUCCUUUCGUGGGAUCGACACAGAAGCACUGUGCCUGAAGCUGACAGAGGCAUUUGCCGUAAAGAAUUUAGAUUUGCAGGACAGAUGCUGUGAUAGUGCGAGUCGAGAGAACCAAGGUCAGUUUUCGACGUCAGAUGAAGAUAAACUUAGCCAAACCACAAACAAGGCUCUCAAAGAACUGAACACAAAAAGCGACCGAGUGAAUAAAUUCUUAGCUGAUGCCUUAGAAGCAAAUGCCGAUAUUCUGGGCCUUGGAGUGCCUUUUCGGCCUAAAAGCUCCAGUAAAUUAAUUAAAGCUGACAAGAAGAUUCAGCAUAAAUCGCUUGGUGACAAUAAUGCCAAUGAUGUAUCACUUUUUUCCAAUAAAAUGCACCGCGAAUCCCAGAAAAUCAACAUUACAUGUAUACAUUUAGAAAACGAAGAAAGAAAAGCGCAACCAAACCAAAUAAACAAUACCAAGAAGGAAGAAAUUUGUAAUGUUUGUAGUAAAGCUAGAAUUUAUCAUCGGCAGCAGAAAACUUUGCCAAUACCCGAGGCACCUCCAACGACACCAACCAGCACAAAAGCUCUUUUGAAGAAGAAUAAGCAGCUGAAAGAGAGUUUGAAAGGCAACGGCGUAAAAGACUCUAGACGCAGAACUCAGACGCAGCGAGAGAAUACAAGAGAAUAGACGUUAAUUGAUAUGUCGAGAACAACUGGUACAUGACACGCUGUCUUCGGAAACAACCUUGAAAGGAUUAAUUCACCUGCCCGAUCCAAAGAGACUGUUAACUUCAACAUCUUUCUAUAUAAUAUAUUUCUUCUUCUGAACAGUUUUUGGUCGGCAAAAAACUUGAAAAUAGCAUUGAAAAAAGCAAAAAUUUUACACCAUUUUGACUGAAAGCUCUUUCACCUGACACUCCUCAGAGCAUAAAACGUCAGAAUAAGGGUCUGAAAGAGCACGAUGAAAAAUAUUUACCCAGUUGUGGAUCGAAAUAGGCCAAUCACAACCCAACCCAAAGAUUAGGGGGUAGGAUAAAAAACAAGUUUCUUCCCAUAAAAGGAACAAAACUGCCCCUCAAAGAUAACAGCAUUCUCGAUCGUGUAAGUCUGAAAACACAGUAAAAACUAGUGACUCUGCCAUCGGGCAACACCCUUUAGACAAUCCAGAUUGUGUUGGGGCCCAGACCCUUCUAAGCAUCUUCUUAAGACCCCAUACAGUAACUUUUAUAUUCGGUAGUGUAAUACGUGCUGAUGUACACGGUAGCAGGUAGGGUAAUAAUUAAAAUGUUGAUUAUGAUAAUUAAUAUAUUAUUCUUAAGACCCCAAGUAGAGUAAUAAUUAAUAUUUGAUUUAGAACAGUACGAAAUUACAUGUUUUGAUUCUCCAUAAGGACAUACACUUGGUAAAUGUCAAACGACAAGUCACAGUGAAUAUGAUUAUGUAUGCUGUAACAUAAAAUUAGUUAGUGAGUUGGUUGGAGUUAGAGUUGAAAGUAAGUAAUGUGAUCGGCGGAUAUGUAAAAUGAAAUACUUAUGGAUUUAAUACCAAACGGUUUACACAAAAUGGUGAUUUUUUUUAUUUUGCAUCUUAUACUUCGUCCAUCAUCAAAUUUUGAGAUAGAGGCACCGCUAAAAAUUGUGGACCCAACAGAUUGUACAAAACUCUAUAACAACGAUAUGUUUCAGAUAAUUGGCAGAGCCCGGUCGCCUCUUCAUCUAGCAGUUUAUGACAAUGUCAACAUAUCUGGCAUAAACUUAUGUUUUUAGCAUGAUUUUGACCAAAAAUUCAUCAUUUAUCAUAAAAUCGGGAAUUAUUUGAAAUCUAGCAUAAUUCUGGCGUUUUUUUAACAUUUUGUUAAAAGAGCCAGUUAUCAAAACUGUAUGCAAUCACUUGACAUCCUCAUGUGUUGCUAUGAUUUUGUAAGUAAA